AUGUCGCCCACUGGAGGAAAAGAGGUGGAAGUGGUUAUCAACAAUUCCCACUCCCCAAGUCCACAUAACUCCCGCGACCAAAUCGCCAAACUAAAGGCGAGCGACAACUCAGAUGACACCGAGUUGAAUAGUCGAUUUGAGAAUAACCCUGACCAAAUCGACCAACUAGGGGCGAGCAAUAACUCGAAUGACACUGAGUUGAAUACCCCUCGGCCUAAACGCCGGCGAUUCAACAAUGACUUUAGCCAAAUCGGCCAACUAGAGGCGAGCAGCAACUUAAAUGAUACUGAGCUAAAUAAUCGAUUUGACAAUGACCAAAUUGCUCAACUAGAGGCGAGCGACAACUCAGACGACACUGAGCUGAAUACCCCUCGGCCUGAACGCUGUCGUUUCGACAAUAUCCUCGACAAUAUCCCUGACGAUAUCCUCGACAAUCCCCCCGACAAUCCCCCCGACAAUCCCCCCGACAAUAUCAUCGACAAUAUUCCCGACCAAAGCGCUUGGCAAGAGGAUGAAAACUCCUCAAAUGACUCCCAAUCUAGGGAAAGAGAGUCUGUUCCUUCAGGGCCUACUUGUGAUAACCAGGUCACUAAGAUUCUAUCUCAACUCACAAUAUUAAAUACCAAGCAGGAGGAGAUUGGAUCAACAACAGCAAAUCAAAUUCAUGACCUCAAAAGGGAAGUUGAGGAUCUCAAUAGGAGAUUGUCCCUGAAGGAAACUCAACUUGAGGAAAGUGGGAAAGAGAUGGUUGAUAUGCUAGAGCAGAAGGCAGAUGAAUGGAGGGAGGAUCUGAAGAAAAUGGCUGCCGACUGGAAGGAUGAGAUGUUGAGGAUGGCUGUGGAUUGGAAGGAUGAGCUUAUUGGAAGCAUUCUUGAUAGGAACCCUAGUCACGUUUCUAUGCAAUGGAGACAUAGGAACGUAGAGUGA